CUCACCGAAGAUCAGAAGCGCAGUAACCACAUUCGCUCCGAGCAGAAGCGUCGCAACAUCAUCAAGCAAGGCUACGAAGAUCUCAACGAACUCGUCCCCAAUCUCAAGACUGGCGGCUUCAGCAAGAGUGCCGUCCUUACCGAAACUACACGCUUCCUC